AUAGCAGGAGAUAUGCAAAGGCGUAGUAACUAAAAGUUUGAAAAAACAUGAAGAGCUUCUUUAUUGCAACCCUAAUUCUCUUGCUUUCCCACCUCCUUCUCUUUUCUUCCUCUGGUGUGGCUGCUCGGCAGCUACUUGACCAUGGACAUGGUGGUGGUAUUCCCGUGGGCAACCGUGGUCCGGUUUUUAACUGUGGUCGGAAGACACCGUACUCAAAAUGCAUCCCUCAAGUCAAACGGCCGCCGCCCCGCCGUGUUUGCCGCUAUCCCUACAGAUGUCAUCCUCCUGUUCCCCCCUAACUAAUUAGUUCCACUAAACUUGUAUUAAUUAUAAGUAAUCUCUCUCCAUUUCUUGUAUUAGUUAUAUAAUUCUAUCUGAGAGUGUAAGCUGUAUUAAUUAUGAAAUAAAUUUGUGUUUAAUUACAUUUUGUCUCAGUGUAAAAUGCAAAUUUGACAUUUAAAUACGUGAUUUUGAUUUAUACAUCAACUUCAUGAAAUAUGACUAUUGCCCGCCCAAACCAGCGGUUAACAAACCGUUGUUUCUUCUUCUUCUUCUUCUUCUUCUUCUUCUCCCCUCUCUUUUAAACACCGCCACAAGAUACAUCUAGAAAUUCUGUUUCCUCUCUACAAUGCGCAUAAUUCACCCCUUCUUCUUGCUUCCGAUCUUGGGAUUACUGUCUGGGUCUUCUCACCCGGUAGGAUUACAGCAAUACUCAGCUCCUGCAAAAGCAGUUUAUAGGCUUUCAAAGCCUCUAAUUGGAGAUGAUGGGAGGGUUUAUGUUUGUUCUGAGGAGCAUUUGUUUGCAUUUGAAGGCAACGGUUCCAUUGCUUGGUCUCUCCAUUUAGAUUAUAAAUGCAACGUUAGUAAAGCCCCAGUCCACGGCGGUAGGGGAAAGAUAUAUUUGAUUGCAGAAGACAGGGUUCUGAAAGUUGAUUUAAAAAAGAAUGGAACUUCAGGAUCUGCAGCAGAAAAUUUUUUCAGCCCAGGCCCAGGCCAAGAGGGACCUAUUGAAAUAAUUGGGCUUGCUGUAAGCACAUUGAGUUCAUCCGUUUUCAUAAAUAUAAAAAACCGAGGGCUCUUCGCAUUCUCAACAAAUGGCCGACCACUCUGGAUUGCUGGACCUGUGCUGAAACAAUUUGGUUAUCGGAUAGGUUGCCGGAAAGCUGUUACAGAUUGUUUCUUUGCUUCUGUUCCUGUGAUUGAUCGAUGUGAGGCUAGUAUCUAUAUCUCAAAUACUGAAGGAGAACUUUAUUCUUUGCCUCUUCGGAGUCCUCACUUCAAAUGGAUUCAGGAUUUUAGUACAUAUGACAAAAUUUUCACUAUAACCCCUGGAAAAAAUGGCUGCCUAUAUGUUAUCAUGCCGAUUAAGGGCCUUGUGUUUUCUUUAGAUGCUUCUUCAGGGAAGAUCCUGUGGCAGAGAAAUAUUGGGCCACUGAGCACUGCAGAAUACGCACCUGUUGUCGAUUCUAAUGGUUGGAUAUCCAUUGGAUCUGUGGAUGGACAUCUGUAUUCUUUUUCACCAGUUGGAGUUCUUAAGAAGUUCCCUGAAGCUGAUAAUCUGGAUUCUGUUAUACAAGUAGAUCCAUAUCUUGAUUGCUCGGGCUAUGCAGUAUACAUUUCCCAAACCAAGAUGGAGGGAAAGAUUAGCCAAACUAUUGGUGACUAUACUUACAUCUCGGUGUUGAGACCCAAAAGUGUACUCUUCACCUUGUUGGUUCCAGCAACUGGGUCCAUUUAUUGGUCAGAAAGCUAUCCUGAUCAAUUCUCAUCCUUCUUAUCAGAAAGGGACCUGCAGCAUUUUAUGUUGGAUGAGCGAAUCGUUCUUGCCUUAAUCACUGCUUCAAAGAUUGGCAAUCCACUGCAGUGUCGAUCCUUGAGUCAGAAACUUGCAUCUAGCUGCUACCAGGCAAGGCCCAAGCCACUCGGUAUUUAUACAGGUAACAGAAGAGUCAUUCUGUUGUUCUUGCUAUUUGAGUCUGUUUUAUUGGUAGUUUUGGCUGUACUUGUUCGAUUCUGCUGUAUAUUUUGGAGAAAAAAGAAGCUCCAAGGUCAAGACCUGGGAAUCUUUUUUGAGAAGCGACGUUCUCUCCAACUCAAGAAGAAAGCAUUUGAUAGGACAAUCACAGAACUUCAGCAAAAAGCUGCAGAGGAAGCUGCAGCCAGCGAAGUGAUCGAAGCACUAGGCAAUCUGGUACGCGAAAGGGAAGGUGUACAGAGAAAACUCUCAUCAAAGUAUAGUUUGGGCGGGGAUAGAGCUGGUUCACAGUCAAAAUCUCUGCUUCCACCAUUGUAUGGUAGCAAAACAAGGAGUUAUUCUUUCCAGGCUGCAAAGAAAGAGAGUACCGUCACAAUCUUUCACACCCUAAGCAAUACGUCGUCGAAAGAAAGCAGCAGCGAGAGCGAUACUAGCUGGAGUUCUGAUCAAGAAAACAACAUAUUAACAUCUAAAGGAAAGGCAAAAGCAGCUAUGGAAACGGAGAAUAGUUCAAGUGGUGAUGAAUUGCUAAAAAAGGAUUACGAGAGAAGUCCAUCACAGCCAGCAUCCAGUUCGACGCAGUAUGGUACGGAAUCAUUAUAUCUGGAGCAAAAAUCAGGAGGGAAGAAGUUGGAUGAUGAUGACAGGGAGGUGGUAGAGUUCAUGCCAAGAAACAGAAGAAGCCAAUGGUUAAAAAGGAGGAGGACGAUGUCUUCAACUAACUAGGAGGGAGCUGCAACGACAAGAUAUAUUUGCAGUUUUCAAGUUUGCUUUGUCUGUUGCAUCUUCGUCGUGUUUUACAGCUCUGCACAUACCAGGAACAUUUCCUGUAUGUACCGUUCCUCUUUUGGUGUAUGGAUACAUACGUACUCGUUGGUGAUCCUUAUUACUAAAAUUAAGAUUAAUAAAUAAAAAAUAUUC